AUGCUGAACCAUUUGCACACGGCCGCGGCGGCGUCGUUGGGGGAGGACCCGAUUGAAAACUUCCCGGCAGUUCUUGCAGUUCCAGCAGGGACCGGUGAGCAUGAGCGUGCAGCGUAUGAGAAGAUAGCGAACAGUGCGGGCUUCACUGUAUUUGCCGCCAUCGACGAGCCUGUGGCUGCGUUGCAUGCCGUGGAGAGGUGUGCGGUUCAAGAGCUGAAAAGUACCGAUGCAUUGUCGGGCAGAGGACCUAUCGCAGUAUUCGACAUUGGUGGAUACGUCUCGACAGUCUCAUUGCUCGAGAAGGAGCGUCGAGGCAGCGGGUUCAACCUACUUCACACGCUGUCGACUCAAAGGGUUUCAGGGCAUCAAGUGAACGAGCUCCUGUUUCGUUCGGUGGUCAAGAAGUUUGAGGAGGAACACGGCAUCGAUUUGUCCGUCGACUACAUGGCCAGCUAUCGAAUUUUGGAGGCUGUGGAGGCUGCGAAGAUCGAGCUGUCAAGCCGUGUGAGCACAGACAUCAACCUGCCGUUCAUCACCGCUGACCAAAAGGGCGCGAAACACUUAGUGCACAAGGUCACCUCAUUUGACCUCGCGCGGAUCCAGGAAGGCCCAGCCCAGCAAUCGAUUGAGCUGUGCACCCGUGCGCUUGAUGACGCAGGCGUUUCGAAGAAGGAGCUGAGCGCGCUGGUACUGGUUGGGGGAGGUGCCAAGUCCGAGUUCAUGCGUCAGCAGCUCGAGUCUUUCUUCGAGCAGUCAGCUUUCAACACGAAGAGCUUCCGUCCCGAAGAAGCCGUGGUCUUAGGAGCCGCUGAGUAUGGCCGCAAACUGGUGCAGGAGUAUUAA